AUGGCAUCGAAACAAGACUGGGAAAAGUACAAGGCUCCUGUUGAGGAGGAUCAACAGGAGGAAAAGCCAAAUGUGCCGCUUUCGGAGGGAGAUAUCCAGGUUUUAAAGACAUAUGGUGCCGCUCCAUACGCAGACAAGUUGAAGGUUACCGAAAAAGAUCUCAAAGAUAUUGAGUCCCGCAUCAAGGAAAAAGCUGGCGUUAAAGAAAGCGAUACAGGUCUUGCACCCUCCCAUUUGUGGGACAUUAUGGGUGACAGACAGCGGCUCAGUGAAGAACAUCCACUGCAGGUAGCUAGAUGCACGAAAAUCAUUAAACCAGAGGCCACAGAGGAAAGCACAGGCGAGGAUGAUGAGGAGGAUUCAAAGUAUAUCAUCAAUCUCAAGCAAAUUGCAAAGUUUGUGGUUGGACUAGGAGAACGUGUGUCACCUACAGAUAUUGAAGAAGGUAUGCGUGUUGGGGUUGACAGAUCCAAGUAUCACAUCGAACUGCCAUUACCACCACGUAUCGACCCAUCAGUAACCAUGAUGACUGUGGAAGAAAAGCCAGAUGUCACUUACAGCGAUGUUGGUGGUUGUAAAGAGCAAAUCGAUAAAUUACGUGAAGUAGUGGAACUACCGCUACUUUCUCCAGAAAGGUUCGCUACGCUAGGUAUCGAUCCACCAAAGGGUAUUCUUCUGUAUGGCCCUCCAGGCACAGGUAAAACGCUUUGUGCACGUGCGGUAGCUAAUAGAACUGAUGCAACUUUCAUCAGAGUCAUCGGUUCCGAGCUGGUACAAAAAUAUGUCGGUGAAGGUGCACGUAUGGUGAGAGAACUUUUUGAAAUGGCCAGAACAAGAAAGGCCUGUAUCAUAUUCUUUGAUGAAAUUGAUGCUAUAGGAGGUGCUCGUUUCGACGAUGGCGCAGGUGGAGAUAAUGAAGUACAAAGAACAAUGCUGGAACUAAUUACACAACUAGACGGUUUCGAUCCUCGUGGUAAUAUCAAGGUAAUGUUCGCCACUAACAGACCAAACAUGCUAGAUCCAGCUCUGUUAAGACCGGGUAGAGUUGACCGUAAAGUUGAAUUUUCGCUACCAGACCUUGAGGGCCGCGCCAACAUUUUCAGAAUUCAUUCCAAAUCCAUGAGCGUUGAGCGCGGUAUAAGAUGGGAACUAAUUUCGAGGUUAUGCCCUAACUCUACGGGUGCGGAAUUAAGAUCUGUGUGUACGGAAGCUGGUAUGUUUGCCAUUAGAGCAAGAAGGAAGGUGGCCACGGAAAAGGACUUCUUGCGGGCAGUCGAAAAAGUGAUCAACGGUUACAAGAAGUUUAGCUCUACCUCUCAGUACAUGCAAUAUAAUUAA